CGAUAACUCUUAAAUUUGACUUUAAAUUCUGUGAACUUCUUUCUAACCUGGAAGGAAUUUAACAUGUUGAAGAGCUCAGCUGUUGUAUCAGUAAAAUGGUUGGCAUCAAGAAUGGCUUCAAAAGACCCAUGCAUUCGUAUUCUGGAUGGAUCUUUUCAUAUGCCAGCAGCUAACCGUGAUCCGAAGGCAGAGUAUACAGCGAAACACAUUCCUGGUGCUCUGUUUUUCGACAUUAACGAGUGCGCCAAUCAGAAUUCCCCAUACCCCCAUAUGUUACCAUCACCUGAAGAAUUUGAAGAUUAUGUACGUCGAAUGGGAAUUAAAAAUAACAGUCAUGUUAUUGUCUAUGAUACCAGUGAAAAGUUCGGGCUUUUUUCUGCAGCCCGUGUUUGGUGGACCUUUCGAGUAUUUGGUCACGAUUCCGUGUCAGUGUUAGAUGGAGGAUUACCUAAAUGGCUUUCACUGAACCAAUCGGUCACUGAUAAAGUGGGGACUUUCACACCGUCUACAUUUAUUGCCAAAUACCGCCCCGAACUUGUUAAGAAUUUUAACGAUAUCAAUGAUAAUAUCGAAAAUAAAUUCAGCCAGGUUGUUGAUGCACGUCCCGAAGGCAGAUUUCAAGGAACUGCUCCAGAACCCCGCGCAGAUAUCAAAUCAGGUCAUUUUCAAGGUGCUACCAAUAUUCCUUUUACUAGAAUUCUGAACUCUGAAACUAAAACCAUACUAAAGAAGGAAGAUCUCUUAAAAACAUUUGAAAAUGUCAACAUAGAUUUAAAUAAACCAAUUAUUGCAUCCUGUGGGUCAGGAGUGUCAGCAUGUUGCAUUGCAUUAGCAGCCUAUUUAUGUGAUUAUGAAAAUGUCUCUGUUUAUGAUGGUUCUUGGACAGAGUGGGCACAGAGAAUCAGUGCAGAUAAGAUCUUAUCUAAGAACUGAACUAAAUUUAUUUUUAAUUAACUUUGUAUAACCUGUGUAGAAUUUGAUUUUAUUUCAAGUAGGUUAAUUGCUGUAAUUUCAGAAAAUUAGAUAUUCAUGAGUAGAGAAUUAAACUUUUUAAUCAGAACAACAUAAAAAACAAUCAGUUUCAAAGACACUUUUUCUAGACAAAUUGUUAAAUUUAUAAAUGAAUCGUCUCUAUACUUUAUAUACAAAUUAUGUUCUUCAAAAUACAUAAAUAAAGUGCCUUAAGAAAUCUG